GGUGGCCCUCUGCCCAGCACUGUAGCAAGCGGGGCGACCGCCCCGGGCGCUGAAGCGGAGGUGCGCCAACAGUCACUGCCCAAACGGAGCAGGGCAUGGGGCAGAGCCGUGGGGCAUCCAGGGGGCGCAGGGACAGAGGGAGGCCGGCUCCCACCACUGCCUGCACUCCUGCGGGAAGUGUGUGGCCCCCCUCAAUCUGCACACAGGGCCAGGGUAGUUUGCUGCUGCUGCAGGCUUGCCCCAGGCGCCAAACUUCCUUGCUAGGGUACUGCCUCUGCCCAGGACCUCUUGAGCAUAUAUUGACACUGAUAGAGGCAGGGUGUGGGCUGCUGUGGUUCCCCUGCGUUACCUGUGAAAGGUGUAGGUCCCUGUGGCAUCAGGGUUGAGGGUAGUCUUCAGCUGAGUUUAGAUGAUGGAUUGUACGGGAUGGUUUGAUAGGGCUGAUCCUGCCUUGGGCAGGGGCUGGACUCACUAGAUGACCUCUGGACUCACUAGAUGACUUCCAGUCCUGCUUCUCUUUGAGUCCAUGACAGCCUGUGUGACACCCUGCUUGAGAGCCCCCACUUUGCUGUUUUUGUGUAGGACCUACAGCUGGAGAGGGCUGGAAAGGAUUGGAUGGGGAGUCUUGGUGGACGGGGCUUUCCAUGGUGUCUAACCCCCCCCCACCCAGGUGGCAGCCUGGUGCAGGGCCUGACAGUAGUUGUAACCCCAGCUCAGCCCCAGACAGCAUCUUGAGGACAUCAUGGGGUGGGGGCUAAAGUCCAACAGCAGCAUGGGUGUGUGUGCGUGGGUUCUUAUUGCACACUAUCCAGUAGGGGGUCUGCAGGGUGCAUUGUUUACAGGCAGGUCCUAUGAAAACCAAUGAAAGGGCAGGGGAAGCCAGGUGGACGGGUUCACUUGAGAAGCAAGGGGGGUGGGUCUGCCUCCAGACCAGGGGAAUGGCUCUAGGUAGGCUGUUUUGUCUCUGCAGCUGAAGAAACUGGACGAGGCAGUGGCAGCUGCACACACAUUCUUCAUGGCAAACCCCCAGCACCUGCAGAUGCGUGAAGACAUCGAGAAAUACCAGCGCAUGGCAGGGGUAAAGUCAGACAGUUUCCGGGACCUGGAGGCUGUGCCACACUGGAGGGCAUAUGAGACUGGGGUGCAGCACUACAAAGUGGAUGAGUACCAGGAGGCUGUGGUAAAGCUGGAGGAGUCCCUCAAAGAGGCACUGUUGGCACUGGAGGACUGUCGAGCCCUGUGUGAGGGGCCCUGGGAGGACGAGACAGAAGAGGAGAUUCAACCUGGCCUGUAUGAAGCUGUUGCAGCCCAUUACAUCCAGGUCCUGAAGUGCAGGCAGCAGUGUGUCCUUGAUAUUGCCACGAAGCCAGGACGGGUGUCUGCCACAGAAGAUUUCAUACCCUCCCACUUUGACUUACUGCAGUUUGCUUACAACCAAGUUGGAAACCAGGCACUGGCUGCUGAAUGUGCUGCUUCCUAUCUGCUCUUCUAUCCCAUGGAUGAAUCAAUGCUGGAGAAGAUGAAAUAUUAUCAGACAGAGCUGGGAGAGGGUGUAUCGGUCACAGCCAGAGAGAACAUCUAUCAUUAUGUUCAGCAGUCUCUGAAGGAGAAGAAGUUGAUUUACUAUGCAGUGGAGCAUCUGGGAGGAACUUUUAAUGACCCUGACCUGUGGACCUCAGAUGAGCUGAUCCCUGAAAGCCAGAAGCAGAAACGCAGAGAGGAUCAAGAGAAGCAAAGGCUGGAGAAUCUGGAUGUGGAACAGCCGGAGCAGAGAGGUCCCUUAUUUUUUGAGGGCCUUACCAUCACCCAAGAUUCCCGCCAGCUGAACGGGUCACAGCGGGUCGUCUUCGACAGAGUCCUGACAGACUCUGAAUGUAAGGACAUUCUCCGGCUGGCCAAGGCAGCUGGAGGCACAGGAGACAGUUACCGGGGCAGACGGUCCCCUCACACCCCACAUGAGAGAUUUGAGGGGUUAACAGUACUAAAAGCUCUGCAGCUGGCACAGGAUGGAGCUGUGAACUGGAGAGAUGCCAAACUGCUUCUACAGGCCAGUGAGAAAUCCCGGAAAAUUGUACAGUCCUAUUUUACACCUGGGAAAAAGCUCCACUUCUCCUUCACACACCUUGUAUGCCGCACAGCUGUGGAGGGGGAACAAGAUGAUCGCAUGGAUCUUAGUCACCCAGUUCAUGCUGAUAACUGUCUCUUGGAUCCUGAAGGAAAAGAAUGCUGGAAAGAACCACCUGCCUAUAUGUACAGGGACUACAGUGGGAUCCUCUACCUCAAUGAUGAUUUCAAAGGCGGGGAACUGUUCUUCACUGAAUUGAAUGCUGUGACAGUCACGGCUCAGGUACGCCCCAAAUGUGGGCGGUUGGUAGCGUUCAGCUCUGGAGGGGAGAAUCCUCAUGGCGUGUGGGCAGUGACCCGUGGGAGGCGCUGUGCCAUUGCCCUUUGGUACACACUCUCCCAGGAACGUGCUGAACAGGAGCGACUAGAGGCUGAAGCCCUGGUAAAACAAAGGGACAUGGAGCAGGAGAAGCAGCCAGAGGACAAGCAGCAUCAAGGGCUUGACGACAGUGGUGGUACCUCACCGGAGCCUCCUGUUCCCAAAGAAAGGGCCAGAUCCACAAGCCAAAGACACAAACUGGGCUCUGAGUCCCCACAACAACCCCAGGAACUGCGAGUCAGGGAUGAAUUCUGAGGGUGGUGGGCAUGACACUAAAGAACAGGCACACUGGCCUGUCAACUUCUUAGUGACACAGAGUACGGAGGUGUUUUUGGUCAUUUAUUAGAAUACUAGUCCCACAAUUGUGGGGGAAGGAUACAGCUUAUUUCUCAGUGACAUCACAACAGAAAAAUUACAUCAAUGGUAAAACAGAAAGGGCCAUGGUACCUUGAUCUUUAUUUACCAUCUUGACUUGAGAUUUAUUUAAUCACCCAGAAAUAACAAAACAGGCUCCUCUCAUCCCCUUUUUUUCAAUGAGCCUUCAAUAGGACCAAACCAAAGUGGGGAAGGAGGGAUUUUUGGGCAGGGGAUUUUCUUGUUUGGGGAUUUGAAAUGGGAACCACAGUAACAUCUAAACUUCCUGAGCCAACCCCUCAGGCCAGAGAAUCCCUAGACUGAAUUGGGAGAGGGCAGGUCAUGGUCUAUGAGUGUAUAAAAUAAAGGAAAAAAUAAUGAAUACAAAAUGUGAUGGGAGUUGUGGGUUUGUCCAGAGAGCAAUGGAGAGAAUGAUGGAGAAAUUUAAUUAACAAAUGAUAGAGGCAGGCUCAGCCCUAGAAGAGGGAAAAUAAGGGCUCUGUAGACUUACCCCUCCCCUGACAACAAAUAAACAUGGUGGGGUGGAAGACAGAUUGCUAUACUCUGCUGGGACUUCUCUCUUGGGAGGUUGGGGACCACCUACUGUGACAAGUGAACAUUCACUGCCCCAACACAAGUUCAUCAUCACUUCCACAUGGGGAGGAGCGAGGCAACUAUAUUGUUUAUCAUUUUCCAGACUGGCAUAAAGACAAUCUGCUCUCACUACCCAGGGGAUUAACAUCCAGAGAUUGGAUUAUAUUGUAGGCAAAGAGGAAUGAGAGGGCUGGAGACAGAGUAUCAAAAAGCGCAAUGACUCUAUUCCUGGGGGGGAUUAGAACUACGUUGCAUGAGAUUCACAAACCAAAGGCAGAGCUCUGUGGGACUAGCAGUUGGAAGGGUUUUGGGACAAGCCUGAAAGCAUCAGCUAGGCCAUGUGGAGAGCCCUGAAUAGGAACAGCUGCAGGACAGGAGUAAGGGGCACUGGCAAAACCAUCUGUUGGGGGCUCAGAACAGAUAUAUUGGGGUGGGGGGCUGUCAUGGUAUGAAUGACUCUGUUCCAUACACAGUUGCUGGCUCCCUGACCCGACCUGACUGAUACUGCUGCACACAGUUAAUCUCAUCCUAGUGUGCUUUGAAAGAUAGGGAGUUGGGCUCAUGCAGCCAAGCUUUUUGCGAUGUUGGUUAGCUGCUCUCGGGCUUAUCAACGGAAGCCAAUUUGCUCAUUCUCCACUGCUCUUGACAACAUUCCCUCUUUUUUUAUCCCUCACUCUUAGGCUUGGCAUUAGAGAAGAGUAGUAGUCCAUAUGGUCCAGGUUUCUUUUCUCCAUCUGUUAGUGGUAACAAAUCCCCUUCCUCUUAAAUAACUUUCUUAUUCAGAGAGGACUCCCACACUGGCAGCUGGACAAGACAGAGCCUUCACUUUCGCCACCUGUUCCUCUGAGGUGGCCAGUUGCUGCCUUGCAAUCGUGGCUGGCUCUGCCCAAAGGUAGCCUGGGUGAUUAGACUGAUGGCUUCCUGACGUCAGAUAAGAGCCAUUAAAAGGUAUUUAUCUCUGGCUUGGGCUAAAGCUGCAGGGGAGAUUAAAAGAGAUUGAGGCCAAGAUAAUCCCCCUAUAGCAGCAUCCCAGGAGAGCAGCUGCCAAAAGGCCUUUGAGCAAACCACCUUGUACCAGCCCUGUUCCCUCACCCUGCAGUGACAGGGGUUUCCUCCACCAGCUGCUGCUUACUGCUCUCUCAAGGAUAUGAUCCCUUAAAAAGAAGGAAUCCUUUCACAGGAGGCCAGGAUGCCAAUAUGAACAGUCACAACUUCCCUUUCCUAACAGGUUAGGAGCUGAGCCUUGUCCCCCAAAGGAGGCCUCCAGGAUGCAGUGCAUAGAGGUGCCUCCUGUCCUGCCAUCAGGAACUAGGACCCCAGCUCUUUCUCCCUAAUCUUCCCUGUAUUAGCUGGUUGCUAAUGCAAACAGAGUCCAAUCCUUUUGCAAUGAUUUUUUUUCUCUCUCCAGAAACAGCAUGUUCCUCUCCUGCCUCUUUCCAUCCCCUCCCCAUCCACCUGCUUUGCAUUAAGUACCAAUCCGAUUUUCCCCAAGUCACUGGUGUCUGAUUUAAUUUGCCUGACGUUGCUCCUGGAAUCAGCCCUCCCCUACCCUGCCCCCCCACCACACAAACACACACACACACACACAGCUUCCCAUGGGGAGAUCAGUCCUGAGAGAGACUGAGACGCUGAGAGAGAGUGAAGGGUACGGAGCGUGUGGACAGUUGGCACUAGGACGGGGAAGGACUGAGGGGGAAUCCCAGUGCAACCAGUGACUCCCAGCUAGGGUGGGAGAGCCGAAUUCCCAGAGGUCCAAGGGAAUCCGUCUCAGACAGAGAUCACAACUGCCUCAUCCUACAGACCACGGUAAGGCUGUUCCCUUGCUCCUGCUCCUGCUCCUGCUCCUGCUCCUGCUCCUGAUCCUGCCUGCUCAGUCUGGAUCUAGGGGUUGGUAUCUCCCAGUACAUCUUGGGCUACAUGACCUUCUGUGCAGGUUUGGUGGUUCUCUGUAUGUUUGGAUCCUGCUCUGUACACGGGUGUGUGGGGGUGUGGGGAAGGGAAAUUCUCAAUAGGAUGGAGGUUGGGGUUAGGAUCAACUGCUCUACCAAAGAAGUGCUUGCAGACAGGAUAGGGACCUUCCCUCAAAGGGGAAUUUAUACAAGGCUCCUGUGUAUCGUAGGACUGUGUGAUCUCCACACCCCCUCUUAGGCAAAUGGGGCUGACACCCUCAAUUUGACCCUGCACAUCGAUUCUGCUUGGUUCUUUGCAGCCCAUUUCUAGCCUGUAUGGAGAAGGAGCCUACCAAGAGAGAGGAAUAUAUCAGGGCAAUUUUAUUCUGCCCUUUGAUCCCUGUUGCAGAGCAGGGAGAUCAUCUCUCUAUCCGGCUCUACAAGAAGCCUAGGGUCACCAGGACACGCAUGAACUGACGGCCUAGGGAUUACGUUGGCAGGGACCCUGUGACCUCCCUCACUAAUCCCCGCCCUUCCAUGCCUAUUGUUUAUCUAUUUACAGCUCCCCAACAUCUGCUGAGAGGUAGCCCUCUCCCCAGUGUGGAUGAGGUGAUCCAGGGGAAUUAUAAACUGGAAAGCUGAACUCCUUUCCACAUCAUCACUUGGGCCACUAUGUCCCAUGACUCCCAAUCCUCAUUCAAGCAGGAUGAGGUGGUUUGGAUGACUCAAUAGCAGGCCUUCUUCCCUGGGUGUCAGCACUGGCCCUGGUAUCCCAGCAAGGUGGUAGAGGUCUGUGUGGCAAGCAUGUGAGCAUUCCCCUCAGAGCUAUCCCCAUUUAUCUGUGUGCUGUUUCACAUUCUUGGUACAGCAAAAUCUCGCCACUUCAGUUAGGUUCAUGACCUAUCUCUGCUAAGUGCUGAACCAACACCCUCAGGCUACAUGCAGAUGUCAUGUUUGUCCAGGAGAAGCCAUUUUCUCCUGGAACAAAGUGCCAUUGUUCAGAUGCCCACAUCUGUU